UUUUAAAUACAGUUGCAUUUCAAUAUCCCGAGUUUUGAUAUCUCCAAUACACCACAUACAUGUAUGUUGAAAUGACUAACGUAUUCUAUUAAGUACAUGUAUAUACUACAUGUAUUUAUAAAGAAUUUGCAACAAGUGAAAGAAAGUAGAAUUUAAUCAAUAUAGACAGCUUUAAUUUCAAUAUGAUUAUUCCAAUAAAUAUGUGACGGUAUGACCGGUUCGAAUACCAGUGCCAGAUAGCUCAUUUGGUAGAGCACCUGAGAUUCAGGGGCCCGUUUUCGAAUCCCGGUCUGGUCCAUCAUUAUUAACUCAUCCCGUUACAUGUACCAUGACCAACCCCUGGAACUGACAGGUUAGCUCCUGCCAGGGAAAGAUCCUGGGGUGAUCUUCGUUGGUGACGAUCAAUUAAGGGAGGAGGAAUGUGACAGUCAGACCAGUUUGAAUACCAACACCAGAUAGCUCAGUUGGUUUCUAUUGAUACCAGACCAUGAAUGCUAUCAUUUCUCUGUGUCACUUUUGUGAAGCUCAUGGUCCCCAGGUCAUCUUUUGCACCCAGCCCCUCCACCCCUUGGAGAGGACCAUUUCUACAGACUCUGAUGACACUGUCACUGACGGAAGAAAGGCUGCUAGGUCCUCCUCCAUCACUAAUGAACCCACAACACCAACCUCGGCCAAAAAUGAAUUUUGUCGGGGCUGUUCUUCAGAGAAGACAGGAUUCAUAAGUCGAGAUGACGAUGCACAAGUGAAUUACAUCAGCAGCAAGCAGCCCUAUGACAGGGAGGUUUACAGCAUGAGUCGGCAGGCCUGUCUCAAGUCACUUACAGGGGAGGUGUGCCCUGGGAAAGACGGUCCAAUAUUCUUUGGAAAUGAUCAGCAGGGCCAUGUUCUUAGCUACACAUUUCAUAUAAAUGACACUCAAGCCCGAGGGUCAUGCACUCGCUACAGCAUAUUAGUCGUGAUGAUGGACAAGAUUUACCUUCUGAAUUCCUGGCCGUUCCUUGUCCCUCAUCUAAAGACAGUCAUUGAACACAUUACAAAAAAAGCCAAUGUGGUUUAUGAGAGGGAAAAGAUCAAGCUGCCCCUACAGCCCCCACAAGCUUCUAGAGUGAGGAGUAAGCCUGCCAGGUCACUGAUCGACUUGACAGAUGACAGAAACAUAUUUAAGAUUCUACAUUUGUCAUUUGUGUGGAUUCUGAAAGCCUGUGGUAACCGCAUCACUGAGACUCUUCUUGAGGGGCCCCCUACUGAAGAUUCCAUUAUUGAUAUGGAGAAACAGGAAGAGACAGAGGAAGGCUUUUGUCUGAUCUUUAGUAAGAAGGUCAAUAUAGAUGAGGUAGAGGAGGAAAGUUCAAACAAUGAGACAGCUGAAAGUCCGGAGACAGCGGAGGAGGAGGGGCCCGCCAUCACCAACAUCAGACACCUCAUGAAGAUCCUUGGUGAAGAUAAAUUCCAUGUGCUAGCUCAUCAUGUUGUCAUCGGCAACCAGAUUGUGGUUCAAAGUUCUAUGGCUUCCAUUGUGAGGUCUGUCUUCAAUGCACUCAAGAGUUUGCUUCCCAAAGGCUGCUGCCGUGUCAUCCCUUACAGUCACCAGUACGAAGAAUCCUGGAAAUGUAACUUCCUUGGUCUGGUACCGGAAGUAGAGCUUCCUCUGCACAUCAUGUCAGAUGAAUCCUUCGUCCUGGUAGAAAUCAGCCUCGAGGAUCAGAAACCCACAGACACACCAACAAAGGAGGAGGAGAAUGAUGACCUCCUCAAGAGACUUGUCUUCAAAAUGGCUAGUCCUACCACAUUACCAGAGAAAGCUCCCAAUGCCCUGUACAAAAUGGAGCUUGCCCUACAGAAUGAGGAUUUAACUGACACAGUGGUGGAACACUACCUGAUCUGUCUGAAGGAGGAAUGGAUGAAUAAAGUGAAGGUGAGAUUUAAAUUCACCAAGGCGGGGGGCAACAGAACAGCAGAGGACACCAAGAAACUGAUGCAGGUGAUUGGUGCCAAGGAGGAGGAUACACCCCUCCUCAAGUUCUGGAUGCAGGGCCUGAGUCUUCAGUACAGGCAGCAUAUUCUGACCGCCUCCAAAUCGUCCCGGUGAUACCAAACAAGCACCUGUGUUACCUGUAAUUGCAAAUUCUCCAGUGUCCAUUACAUCUCUCUUUCCGCCCAUUGUUGUUAGUUGCUUAUCUCAACACACUCAUUUAAUAUGUUUAUGAAACUGAAUUAGAAUAUUUAUUAUUUGUAAUAUUAGUGAAGGACUUCAAAUGAGAGAGAUCUAACUAACUCCAUUGAAGAUUGCUUUUAACAUUCAAAUUGGACACAUAUUAAACCAAGUCUUGAACAGACUGUGUGCCAAAUCAUUCCAUUUAUGUUUGUACAAUUCAGUCAUUGUAUUAUAUGCAUAUUGUAUCAUAUCAGGAUUUUUAAAGAUAACAAGUUUGCUUUUAAAACUAUGGAUAUGUACAUGUUAAUUGCAAGUGUCAAUAUAUCACGCUUCAUUCAUUGUUUAUUUUGUGCAAUAUUCAAUUUUGAAGAUUUUAAUAAAAUUUUAAUGUUUUAGAUAUUACCUUUUCAAAAAUUAAGAGAAUCUAGAAAAAUCUU